AUCCUAUUUUUUUUUUGGUAUCACAUUUCUGCCAUGUUCUGACAUGUUCAUGAUUCUGUCUGCAUACCUUCCAACUCUGAUCACAAACAGGACUCUUUCCUGUUUUCUCCAGUUGAUUGUUGAAAAGGUUCUGGAACAUUUGCUGAGUUCAGAAAAACAAUGAUCUUCCAAUACAAUCUGAUAUUGAUGUUCCUCUGUGGCUUCGCUGCACUCUCUGUCUCAACAGAGACAUGUGGAAAAGAUCUACUAGUGGGAACGUCCUGCAUCAUGAAGCUGAGAACAAAAAACAAUGAGAAACCUUAUGAGAUAAAAUGGGUACAUGACAGAAACGGUGACAUUCUUCGCUGGAGAGAUGGGAGAAUCAAAGUGAAAGCUGAAGGUGUAUCUAAGGAAGAAGAUGGAUCAUUAAGAUUUCAAAGUGUUAGUCUGAAGGACACGGGCACAUAUACAUACACUGUUACUAGUUCUGAUGGUACAGAAAUGGGUAAAGGAGAAGCAGAAAUUAAAGUAUAUGAAAAGGUCCCUAAACCUACUGUGAAGAUCAACUGCACCGCUGAUGGGAAUGCUACUCUCACCUGUGACGUGGAAAACAGUAAAGAUCCGAGUCUGACUGUAUCCUGGUAUGAAGAUGGAAAACUCAUCCAGAAUGAAAUAAAACCUCAAGUGUUCUUGACAUCUACUCAAGUACAGGAGAAUAAACCGUACUCAUGCGAGACACACAAUCCUGUCAGCGAAGAUAAAAGUGAGAGUGUUACAGUAUCAUGUGGAAACAAUGACCAUGAUUCUAGCAAUAGGUAUAAUGACUUUGACUCUGGCGUUGACUCUGACUCUCCUUCAUGGAUCAUGUUGAUUGUGAGAAGGUUCUGGAACAUUUGCUGUGUUCAGAAGAGCAAUGAUCUUCCAGUACAGUCUGAUAUUGAUCUUGUGUGGCUUCGCUGCACUCUCUGGUAG